AUUUCUCAGAGCUUCCUUUUAACCCUUUUCCUCUCUUUUCUUUGUGCUUCUUGAUUCAGUGCAUCUCAGUUGUGUGGCAAUACAUGAACAUUGGUGGUAAUUAGGUAUGAACUGGUCACAGCUGGAGGCCCUUCUCAGCGGGGUCAACAAAUAUUCAACAGUCUUCGGUCGUUUGUGGCUGUCUAUAGUGUUUGUGUUCAGAGUUCUGGUGUUUGUUGUGGCAGCUCAGCGUGUUUGGGGCAAUGAGAGCAAAGACUUUGAGUGCAACACCAAACAGCCAGGCUGCACCAACGUCUGCUAUGACAGCAUAUUCCCCAUCUCUCAUAUCCGUCUAUGGGCCUUGCAGCUGAUCUUUGUCACUUGUCCAUCUCUCAUGGUCGUAGCCCAUGUUAAGCACAGAGAGGAAAAAGACAAGAAGUAUAUGGCCAUCCACCAGGGUUCCCGUUUAUAUUCCAACCCUGGGAAAAAACGUGGGGGACUUUGGUGGACCUACCUGCUGAGUUUGGUCUUCAAAACGGUGUUUGAUGCUGCCUUUCUCUACAUUCUUCAUUGCAUGUAUAAGGGCUUUGACCUGCCUCGUAUUGCCAAGUGUUCGCUGGACCCUUGCCCCAAUACAGUGGAUUGUUUUAUCUCUCAUCCUACAGAGAAGAAAAUCUUUACCUAUUUUAUGGUGGCCUCCUCAGCUCUCUGCAUCUUCAUGUGUAUCUGUGAAUUGGUUUAUCUCAUUGGAAAGCGCAUACUGACAAACUGCAUGAUGCCACAAGCACCACCGCAAAAAUAUAAAAGAACUGACCCCACUUUUGCCAGCAACCAAAGCAUGAGUUCACGAAAAUCAGAGGACACCAAAAAAGACAAAACAGUUCUUUAAAGACAGUGUUAUGUCGCAAAAACUUUAUAAGCUCAGAAAAUGUGGGUUUAAUAUAAUGAACCUCACGUUUUGCAGCAUCCAGAACUUGCACACAAAAAUGGAAGGACUACCUACACAAAAGUCUUUAUUAAAAGAAUGUUCCAGGUUGUGUUCCAAUACCAGAUACCAAUACAAGUUAAGCUUAUUCUAAUCUACAGCAUUAGUGUUGAUUACCACAAAAAAUAUUUUUGACUUGUUGCUCCUUUUAUUUUUAUUUUAUUUAUUUUUUUUAAAGCAAAAAACAUUGUUACUGUAUGGAACUUACAAUGGAAGAGAAUGGGCCAGUACAUAAACAUUAAUAUAGCCUACAGUACAUGCUGUUUUAUUAGUAUAGCCAUAGACUAUUAACCCCCGAGACGAAGCACUGCUAUAGAGCUAUUCAGGUUGUAGUCCACAAACCCGAUAAUCCUAUGGGUUUUUAUAAUGGGGUUUUUAAACUUAUGAGUAAAAUAAUGUCUGUGGUAAACAUUACUUGAUGAUUUGUGGACGUUUUGUUCUACAACAUAAAUUACACACUUUCAUACCUUAAACGUGAACAAACGUGAACGUGAAGCUGAACAGCUCUGAUAAAUGAAUGGGAGAAAUUGGAAACACAAUAAAACGGAUGUAGAAAAGGAAGUCCUGCCUCACAGGUACUCAAUGCAUGCGCAUGUGCAUUAGCUGAACCAGUCUGAAAAAAUAGGGUUUAAAAAAAAAAAAAAAAAAAAAAAGUAUGAUACCACUGUAGUCAGAUUUAUGUGGCAGCCCAUUUCCACCACAAAGAAAAAAAAAAAAAAAUUGUUCCUUUGGUAAAUCAAAAUUAAGACUUGAUAAAUUAGAUAAAAAAAAUUCAUAAUUAUGAGAUUAAAAAGUCUAUAUUUUGAGAUAGAAAGUCAUAUUUAUGAUAUACUAAGUCAAAAUUUUGAGAUACUAAGUCAUAUAAGAUUAAAGCCAAAAUUAUGAGAUAAAGUCAUUCUUAAGAGAUUAGAACUCAUAUUUAUGAGAUACUAAAUCAAAAUUAUGAGGAGCUAAAUCAUAAUUAAAAAAUAGUCAAAUAUUUGAGAUAAAAAGUCAAAAUUAUGAGAUUAAAGUUAAAAUAAUGAGGUGCUAAUUUAUAACUAUAAGCUUAAAAAGUCAAAUAUUUUAGAUAAAAAGCCAAAUUUUGAGAUAAAAAAUUAAUUAUGACAUAAGUCAUCUCAGAAUUUCGAUUUCUCAUAAUUUUGAAUUAGUAUCUCAUAAUUAUUACUUUUUAUCUCAACAUUUUGACUUACCCAAGCAAUUUUUUUUUUUUUUAUGUGGCGGAAAUGGGCUUCCAUAGAUUUGACUGCCAAUUUGAAAUAUAGGUAUAUCGUAAUCUUGACUAACCGUUAUGGAGAUUUCAGCCUUUCCUCAAGUAGAUAGGAGCUGUACUUUCAUGCCACCUGUAUCCAUAGAAAAUAGCUGCCAUGAGAGCGUUCCAAAAAUGACCGCUGAGUGGACUGACUUGGUAUAGACUGAUUCACUUCGGUAUACUCAGGACUUUAACAUUAUAUGUGAUGACAUAAUUUAAGUGUGAUAAAAACAGGGAUUUAUUACCAGCACAUACAUUUUUGUCAACAAAGAUGUUAUACUUGACUUGAGAUUUUAUCACACUCAAAUCAUGUUAACAUGUGUAUUGCAUUGCAGUUUAUGCCUUGUGGCAAUACUUUUGAAACAGUGUGUAUUUUCAUGUUAAUGGACUGGCCCCAUUCACUUCUGUUGUAGGUGCUUUAUUGUAACUGUGAUUUUUUUUAUUUUGUUUUUAUAAACUAGGAAUGAGUAAAAAAGAAAAAAAAAGGGGGUUAUCAACAUUGUCACAAAUGCUGCUGAGUGAGCUUAAUUGGUAUUGAACCUGGAAUAUUCCUUUAAGAGGCAUUGCAUUCUUGGAGUGUCUUGCAUAUUUCACAAUCUUGAAUAUUUGGGGAGUUUGAAUGUAUUAAUUGUCUAAGGCAAAAUACUUAAUUAGUUUAGACCUCAUGUUACAUUCAAACUAGAUUUUUUAUAGUUUUUAUUAUCAGAUCUUAUAGGCGUGGUAACCAGUUUUUUCCACCACCUGUUCAUGUGUAUGUAUAUAAAUAUAAUUAUUUUGUCAGUCAAAAUGCACUAUUGGAAGAGGUUAGCUUUUCUCUGAAUACAUCACAGUAAAUGUGAGUUGGCUAUGUAAAUUUUGAGGUUGAUAUAAUAUUUGCAAGUCUCCAGCAUUACCAAACAUUUUAACAUUUUGUUAUGAUAGUUUUAUUUUUUUUAUGUACAUACUGUGGUAAAGCAUGGGCUAAAUUUCCAGGGAAUACAUACAGACAAAAUGUAUACAUCAAAUUCAUUCACUUUUUGGUGCGCACCAUAUGCAAUAAUGUAAACAAUGUAAAUGCACAUGUUUACUGAGUAUAGCAUUUACAUAUUUAAGUGUAGGUCUUGCCAGUUUUACCUUUUUGAAGUUUGCAUAGCAUGUUAUUGCAUAACAUUAAUAUGUUAUUGCAUAACAUAUUCUCAAGGAAAGAAAUAUAAUGCCAUAUCUAAUCUCUUCCAGCUUUUCAAGCUCUCAGUAUGUACCUGUCUCAUUCUUAGUUCAACUUUUCAGUCCAUAAUGCACUGCCUACACUGCUUUUGUUCCUAGAAUGCACUUAAAAAUAAAAUCCUUUAGCGCACAGUGCCCAGUGCACUUUCAUUUAAAUGUUACAUAAGGAACACCUCUUGAUCUUUUGCCUUAAGCAACCAAUGAUUACAUCCCUCCUACCUUUUCUAUCGCUCACACACACUGUAUCACACUGCACAUUGAGCACAAAAACGGAUUUACUACAUCUUUAUUCAUUUGUUUUUAAAAGAUAAUGUGAGAACAAUGUGAUUCUUUCAUUCAAUGUAUGUCAAUUGAUGAAACUGAAUUUCAAAGCAUCAGCAUUUUGCUACCCUGCAGAUCAUUUUUCAAAUCUACAUCAGAUUGAGCAGAAAGAAAAUAGCAAAUGUCCUAAUCUAUGAUUCACUCACUCAGUGCUGAUCCUCCUACACAUGUGCCCUGGCUUCGGCUCAAAUGCACACAGCUUUGCUUUUAGCCCUGUUCCUUCUCUACAGCAAAAUUAUUAUGUAUACGAAUCAAGGUUGGGUACCAUUCAGAAAUGAAUAAAGAAUGCCCAAUUCAGUUUCUGAAUUUGAACUGAAACAGCACGUCAAUGCAAAUGGGAUGCAGAAUUGUAAUUUGAAUUUAAGGAAACAGAAUUUAAAUGCAUGAAAGUAAGUGUGCUGUAAGUGUAGUUUCCAAUAAUACUUUUAAUUUUUAAGUGAAAUAAACUUAUAAACUUAUGAAAACUUAUAUAAACUUGUUUUCAUAUACACAAUGGAGAAUUUCAUGAUACAACCAAAUAUACCUAGACAUUUGUAUUUAAUUAUAUACACUCACUUAGCACUUUAUUAGGAACACUUUGGUCCUAAUAAAGUGCCCGAUGUGAUCUGCUGUUGUAGCCCAUCCGCCUCAAGGUUUGAUGUGUUUUGCAUUCUGAGAUGCUA